ACUUUGAAAAUGCGUGAGAUUCUUCAUAUUCAAGCAGGACAAUGUGGGAAUCAAAUAGGAUCAAAAUUCUGGGAAGUUGUAUGUGACGAACACGGGAUUGAUCCAACUGGAAAAUACUGUGGAGAUUCAGAAUUGCAGCUUGAAAGAGUUAAUGUUUAUUACAAUGAAACUGGAAAUGGACGUUACGUGCCACGGGCAGUUCUCAUGGACCUUGAACCUGGUACUAUGGACAGCAUCAAAUCAGGUCCUUUCGGACAGAUUUUUCGCCCUGAUAACUAUGUUUUCGGACAAUCUGGUGCUGGAAAUAAUUGGGCUAAAGGACAUUAUACUGAGGGUGCUGAACUUAUUGACUCUGUUCUUGAUGUUGUUCGAAAAGAAGCUGAAAACUCCGAUUGCUUACAAGGAUUUCAGGUGUGUCACUCACUUGGAGGAGGGACAGGAUCAGGAAUGGGAACACUGUUGAUAUCAAAGAUCAGAGAAGAAUUUCCAGACAGAAUGAUGCUUACCUUCUCUGUUUUCCCAUCACCAAAAGUCUCAGACACAGUGGUUGAGCCUUACAAUGCUACACUUUCAGUCCAUCAACUGGUUGAAAAUGCUGAUGAGUGUAUGGUUCUUGAUAAUGAAGCUCUCUAUGACAUCUGCUUCAGGACUCUGAAACUCUCCACACCAAGUUUUGGAGACCUGAAUCAUCUGAUUUCAGCAACAAUGAGUGGUGUGACAUGUUGCCUGCGAUUCCCUGGCCAGCUGAAUUCUGAUCUUCGAAAACUAGCUGUGAACUUAAUCCCUUUCCCAAGGCUUCAUUUUUUUAUGGUUGGAUUCGCGCCUCUAACAUCAAGAGGAUCUCAGCAAUAUCGAGCACUUACAGUCCCUGAACUGACACAACAGAUGUGGGAUUCCAAGAACAUGAUGUGUGCUGCUGAUCCAAGACACGGUCGUUACCUCACAGCCUCAGCAUUGUUUAGAGGCAAAAUGAGCACAAAAGAAGUUGAUGAGCAAAUGAUGAAUGUGCAGAACAAGAACUCUUCGUAUUUUGUGGAAUGGAUUCCGAACAAUGUUAAAUCCAGUGUUUGUGACAUACCACCUAGAGGGCUUUCGAUGUCUUCAACUUUUAUUGGGAAUUCAACUUCAAUUCAAGAAAUGUUUAGGAGAGUGAGUGAGCAGUUCACUGCAAUGUUUAGGAGAAAGGCAUUUUUGCAUUGGUACACUGGAGAAGGGAUGGAUGAAAUGGAAUUUACUGAAGCAGAGAGUAAUAUGAAUGAUCUUGUGGCGGAGUAUCAACAGUAUCAAGAUGCCACAGCUGAAGAAAACAGUGAGUAUGAAGAUGAAACUGGAGAAGAUUAAAGGUGUUCGACCAAUCUGCUAUUACGUAUGUUACGUGCUGCAAUGAACCUGAAACUCCAUUAGAUUUAUGUUUCUCUACUAUAUUUGUGCUGUGUUUAUGCAUUUCUGAUACUGUGAACCUCUUAUCUGUUUACUACUUUUGUUCAUUUAAAAGGUGUCAGUGGCAAGAACACAACGUAUUGUAUUCUUGUCCUGACUUUAUACUAAAAGGAUUCUACUCUAGUUAGUAGAAUUUA